CCGGGCAGAAACUGAGAAGGAAUAUAUACACUCCUCUGCUGCGACAUCCGACUGACUGGAUCCAUCGCUAAAGACGUUUUCUCUAACAGGAAAAAGCUGCAAAAGAAAUGAGAUCGUGGCAGGUUCGGUUUCUGUACUUUCUGAUGUUGAACGCAGCCGUGCAGAAUGUGACGCCCGCCGAGGAAAAGCUCGCCGAUUCUAUUUUUGGUAACUUCCUCGACCCCCUGAAAGAUUUGUUUGACCACAAGGAUGACAGCAAUCAAACUGUUGCCAAAUUCUCCCUCCGGAAACCAUCUCAUCCCGAAGAUGACCUGUGCUACAUCGUUCCUGGCAACCCUGACUCCCUGGCAGCCUGCACCUUCAACGUCACCUCCAAAACCUUCCUAGUAAUCCACGGAUGGACGCUGAGUGGCAUGUUCGAAAGCUGGGUGGCUAAGCUCGUGUCGGCGCUGUACGAGAGAGAGAGGACGGCUAACGUCAUCGUGGUGGACUGGCUCACCUCGGCCCAGAACCACUAUGUGGUGGCAGCUCAGAACACCAAAGCAGUGGGGCAGGAGAUCGCUCGCUUCAUCGACUGGAUGGAGGAAGCCACCAACAUGCCUCUUGAGAACAUCCACCUGAUUGGCUACAGCCUCGGGGCUCAUGUGGCAGGAUUCGCUGGAAGCCAUGCAGCCAAUAAAGUCGGAAGAAUAACUGGUCUGGACCCAGCUGGUCCUGACUUCGAGGGGAUGCACGCCCACAGACGUCUCUCCCCUGACGACGCUCACUUUGUGGACGUCCUCCACACCUUCACACGGGGCUCUCUGGGUCUCAGCAUAGGGAUCCAGCAGCCGGUCGGCCACGUAGACAUUUACCCCAACGGAGGCAGCUUCCAGCCGGGCUGCAACCUCAGGGGGGCCCUGGAGAAGAUUGCCAACUUUGGGAUAUUUGCUAUCACCGAUGCAGUGAAGUGUGAACACGAGCGCUCGGUCCACCUGUUCAUCGACUCCCUGCUGAACGAGCAGGAAGCAGCCAAGGCCUACAGGUGCAGCAGCAGCGACAUGUUUAACCGCGGCAUGUGCCUGAGCUGCCGCAAGAGCCGCUGCAACACGGUGGGCUACGACAUCAGCAAGGUCCGCAAGGCGCGCAAUGUUCAGAUGUACACCAAGACGCGAGCCUCCAUGCCUUUCAGAGUGUACCACUAUCAGCUGAAGAUCCACUUCUCCAGUAAGGUGAACCGUUCCGAGAUGGAGCCGUCGCUCACCGUCUCACUGUACGGAACGAAAGGAGAGGCUGAAAACCUGCAGCUUAAGCUAAAGGAGAAAAUUGCGACAAACAAGACGCAUUCAUUCCUGCUGGUGACAGAGAAAGAUAUCGGCGAUCUCUUGAUGCUGAAGUUUAAAUGGGAGGAGACGAACGGUUGGUCAUCCUCCAACAUGCUGAAGAUGGUUUCGUCUUGGUGGUCCGGCGACUCAGACAGCGCUAACAUGGAGGUUCACAAAAUCCGCAUCCGAGCUGGCGAGACCCAACAAAAGAUGGUGUUCUGCGUUAAAGACCCCGAAGUUCAGAACUUGACACAAGAGGUCACGUUUGUUAAAUGUAAGGAUGCGUGGAGGACGAACUCGAAACAAAGAGUAACUCUGGAGAGCCACUGACCCUGAAGAUAAGACGUCACUGUUGAACACCUCUCCAUCCAUUGCAGCACUUAGUAAAUAAUUUAAACGUCUGUAACUUAUUUCUCAGAAUGAUCCAAAACUCUCCCCGCCUUGUAUAUAUCCACACAAGUAUGUUUGUUAUUUAAAACACUAUGUAUGUGAAUACUGUAAAAUAUUUUGUAAAGAGCUGCUUUUAUGACACAUAACUUCCUUGUUGUAUAAAAAGUGAAUUCUGAUGUCUUUGGUGCAUCUUUUGUGUCGGAAGAGAUGCAUGCAAAGUCACGUCAGAGCCUCAUUUACUGAGAGGUAUGACUGUUAGUAGUUCUGAAGGUACUGAUGUCCCAUUGUGUAAAAUACUUCAGAGUUAAAUUCAUAUCUAUUGCAACCACUGUGAUGAUUAACGUCCUCUGCAGACUGUUAGCAGAAAAAGGAAUUUUUCUUAAUAAUAAGACAAAUUUCUUAAGGUGUUUUAUGCAAUAGGGUACACUUUAUUUACCUUUAUGUAUUAUCUAACUAACACAUCGCCUAACAGAGCAUUCACCACUGUGGCUCUCAGCACUGUAUGUGACUGUGGGAUCUGUAUCAGUGUGCCUUACUGUAAACAGUCGCCAGAAGUAAGCUGUUGCUAUUUGCCUCAACUUAGCGCUUUGUUGCUGUUUUUCACCUCCUUGUGCUUUAUUGUUGUCAAUGUUCGAUGAACCUCGUGACUUUUACUGAAACAUCUACAUGUGCAAAAAUGGUUGUUUUAAACUCUUUUGCAUUAUUUCUACUGCUACACCUCUGUAAGAUGUUACUUUGAAGCUGUUACCUUAAAGAAGUGCCGGGAGACCUUUUGUCUACCAUAGUUCUGUUAAAGUGGCUGUGUUUAAUGAGGUAUGUGAUGCUCAGCGUGAGGUAGAAAGCGCAGUCGAUGUCGGUGUUGUCAUUUUUUUGGACUGUCUAUGAUGAGUCUCCCUUGACGGUAAUUUCUUCUGUGCGUUUGGCUUUUUAAGUCUUGUCUAAAGCUCUUUUAUUCAUAAUUGCAUCUCCAGUUCUGUGAGCAACGUCUGUGGAAGCCUUGGCUCUUUAGAGAUCGGUACUGUAAUCAUUGUGACUUCGUUUCCACCUACUUUAAAAAUGUGGAAUUGUUUUUCUUUUGCACUGAAAACAGGGGAAGAGAUUGCUAAACCAAGUUACUUGUACACUUAUGUAAAUAUCAUGAUACAGAUGAUAGAUUUUUGUAGUAUGGAACACUGUUAGUUGUAUAUUUUUACCUCUGGAUGAAUUUAAUCUGUAAAAUGUGCAUUUCUAUAAUCUUUUGUACAUAUUUGUAAAUACUCAUUGUACUGUAUAAAUUCUUUAAUAAACCAAAACUGUAAACUGA